CGCGAUGGGCCGCGGCCGCCGGCGCUCGCUGCUGCCGCUGCUGCUGCCGCUGCUGCCGCUGCUGCCCGCGGCGUGGGGUGACUGCGGGCCGUUGCCGAAUAUAAGCCACGCGGAGCCCCCCGAAGACGCUAAACAUCAGGAACGCUUCACUGUCGGCUCCAAAGUGACGUACAGGUGCCUGGGGGGCUUUGUGAAGCGGCCGUUGCUGCAGGACACGGUGCAGUGCCUCACCAACUCACAGUGGUCCAACCUGCCGCAGUUCUGCGGUCGCAGCUGUCCCAGCCCCCCUCGGCUGCCCUUCGCCAGGAUAUCGCAAGAAGAUGGGAUGCAGAAUUAUUUUGCUGUUGGCAGCAGGGUGAGGUACACGUGUCGCCCAGGCUACGAGAACAGCACAGACCAGCUCCCCACCAGCACCUGCCUCGACAAUUUAACGUGGUCACAAGUCCCUGAGCUGUGUCAGAGGAAAUCUUGUGGUGUUCCAGCAAAUCCAGAGCAUGGCAAAGUUAUUGCAAAGGAUCAUCUGUUUCUUGCAAAAGCAGAAGUGGUUUGUAACCGUGGGUACUCGUUAAAGGGAGCAUCAUCUCUCAUCAGGUGCUUACUAAGGGGCAGUGAAGUUGCCUGGAGUCAGCUUCCAGUUUGUCAAGCUAUUUCUUGUCCUCCACCUCCAGCCAUUCCUAAUGGGAAGCACAACAGCAGCAGCACAGAGGAGUUCACCUACAGCUCAGCCGUGGUGUACACGUGUGAGCCUGGGCUCCAGCUCGUGGGAAACAAAACUCUUCAUUGUACGACAGAGAACGGGGCAGAUGGUGUGUGGAGUGGGUCUCCUCCUGAAUGCAGGGUUAGCACCACAGCAGCAGCAAACCAAACUGAAUCCUCAGAAGAGACGAUGGCAGAGAAUCCUUACUGGUUAGCAGGUAUCCUCAUCGCCAGCUGCAGUGCUUUCCCAGUAGCCCUUCUAGCUGGGAUCAUCAUGAGAUGGAAAGACCAUAAAAAACAACUCUUCAGGUCUUACAGUACCCACUUACAAGAGCCCGAGAAGAAGGGGAAGGAUCUGCUGAUGCCCCCCGUGAUGAGGGAUGGCAAGAAGCAGCCUGUGCCCUGGCAGUCCUAUUUUGGCCACGGGACGAGCUGCCACGUGUGUGGGUGCUGCACGGAGCGGCUGCACGCCGCGGCGGGGCCGUGUGCCGCCUGCCAGCGCUGCCUGCGCGCCCGCCCCGGCACGCCGCGCUCCUACCGCGUGCCCAGCGCCAGCGGCGACGACGGACACCCGGUGGGCACCAGUUCUGCCAAAGCUGCGGAGGUGCCAAGGGGUGAGGGCACAGGAGAAGCUGCUCCGGAGCAGAGCGAGGCAGAGCAGCCCACGGACCACAAAAGCAGCCACCACGUCUGUCCCAUCUGUGAGAACUGGCUGCGUGCCCACUUUGCCCAGCACCAAGGCCACCCCACUGUGCCCAGGGAGCAGCUGGGGGAGACCCACCAGCAGGACGAGGGCCCGCAGGGCCCCGUCUGCCUGCCCUGUGCUGACCGGCUGCACCUCUCCCUGGUGCACAGCGAUGUGGCAAGCUGCCCCGUGUGCCCCCUGGCUGCAGAGGGGGCCCUGGCUCACCUCAUCCCCCAGCACAGCCCCAUCUGCCACCUCUGCCCCAUCUGUGUGACCCCCACACACCGGCACCUGUGCCAGCCCCAACGGAUAGGUGUUGAUGGCUGCAGCAUCCUUAGCAGCAUGAAGCUGUCAGAGAAGAGAGGAGUCGAUACACCAACUCCUGAUGUGGUCAGGGGUUGAAGUUCUAAGUGCAGUGAGGCAACCUGAAGUCAAGUGUUUGACUUCUCAGUCAAGAAUUCCUUUGUAAAGAAGCAGGAAAGGCAAACACACUUCAGAUCCAGCUCCAUGUUGGUUUCAUGCCUACUUUUGAGUUUGCUUUAGCAUGAAAAAACCCAUUUUUGUGAGGAUUUAAAAAUUUAGUAAAUGUUUCCUUCCACUAGGAAAAUAAUGUCACAGUAAACAGCCUCUUUGCACAACCUUGCAGGAUUUACUUGUAUUUUUUAAGUACUUCUGUACUGAGGUUCCUUUCCGAGUGUGCAGGUACAAGUGGGAACGUUGCAGGAGUUACAGUAAAACCGUUUUGUAAAUAAAAGGAACAUAAAAUAAUCAAA